AUGGCAACCAGCAAGCUGUCAUUAUGGGACAGCUGGUGUACCUCACAGUUGAGGAUAAUCCUUCUCGGUGGCAGAAACUCUGGAAAAAGCUCUUUGGGGAACUUGAUUUUGGGCAGAGAGGAGUUUGUCACCAAAGAGAGGACCUCGUGCUGCCGGAGGCUGGGUGUGGUGGCGGGACGGUGGCUCACCGUGGUGGACACUCCUGGCUGGUGGUGCGACUUCAGCGCUCAGGACACAUCUGAGCUGGUGAAGAGGGAGAUUGUCAGCAGCGUCUCGCUGUGCUCACCAGGCCCUCAUGUGUUUCUCAUAACAAUCAAGGCGAGCUCAGGCCUCUCAGAGAAGCGUCGGCGGGCGGUGGAGGAGCACGUGGCCCUGCUGGGUGAGAGGGUGUGGUGUCACUGCAUGGUUGUCUUCAUCUCUGCAGACAGAUCUGAACACACAGAUGCUGAGCAGCUCGUAAAGAUGGGGGGAGAGGCCCUCCGCUGGCUCAGUGAGAAGUGCAGUCAUAGGUGUCACAGUGUUAUCUUGAGGGAUGAUAGCGAAGUCACCGAGCUGCUGGAGAACAUACAGGAACUUGUCACAGGAAAUGGAAACAGAGCGUUUGAAAUGCAGGACCACCUUUUACAGGUGACUGCAGAGAAGAGGAGAGUGGAGGAGAGAGCUCAGCAGAGGUUUGUGAGAAUGAAGAAACACAGAUCUCUCAUGAGAGAGAGGUUGCGACCUAUUACUGAUAUCCGGAUCGUGCUGCUGGGAGCAAAGGGUUCUGGGAAAACAUCCACUAUGAACACAAUUCUGAGCAGAGAGAGCAGCCAGCCAGCGAGGAGGACAGCCCGGUGUCAGGUUGGAGAAGGAGUUGUGUUUGGGCGUCAGGUGACGGUGGUGGACACACCGGGCUGGUGGAUGAACUACUUCUGUGAUGAGAGUCCCGUGUUUGACCGGAGGGAGCUGGUGCUCAGUGUGUCUCUCUGCCCUCCGGGGCCUCACGUCUUUCUACUAGUGAUCCGUGUGGACAGAGCCUUCAGUGAAACCUACAGGAGGGCGGCACAGGAGCACCUCGAGCUGAUCAAUGAGCACAUCUGGAGCCGUGUCAUUGUGCUGUUCAGUUUCGGGGACUGGCUGGCAGGCACAACCACUGAGCAGUGCAUCGAGAGCGAGGGAGAGCCUCUGCGGGGCCUCGUUGAGAGAUGCAACAACAGAUAUCAUGUCCUGAACAAUAAAACUAAAGGGGAUGGGUUUCAAGUCAGAGAGCUGAUUGGGAAGAUUGAGGAAAUGUUGUCCGGCUGUAACAGCGUCCUGCAUUAUGAAAGAAAGAGGGAGGUGGUGGAGCAGCUGCAGGGGAAGAUGAGGAGAGAGGUGGAGAGAGCCAAGGAGAGACUGAUGAGGAAGGAGAAACAAAGGCAGAUGGCGAGGUCUCAGCUGGAGAAGCUCGGCCCUCUUCCAGAGCUGAGAAUGGUGCUCGUUGGUGGCAGGAAAACAGGCAAGAGCUCAUGUGGAGACACCAUCCUGAGCAGAGAGUGCUUCCACACAGACACCACUUCCUGCUCCGAAAAUCGAACCAAAAUCUGUGGCAAGACGGUGGCAGUGCUGGACACGCCGGGCAGCUUCUCUGUGACCUCUGACCUCCUCUCACCAUUCUGUGUCAUCCUCCUGGUUGUCAACGUGAGCUCCUCAUUCACAGAUACCCACAUGGAGGCCAUGGAAAAACAGCUGGAGGCAGCAGGAGGCCAGAUGUGGAGCAGAGCUGUGGUUCUCUUCAGCUGUGGUGACUGGCUGGGUGACACGAGCAUCGAGCGGCGCAUCGAGAGUGAAGGAGAGCCACUGCAGAGGCUCGUCGAGCAGUGUGGGAACAGAUAUCAUGUGCUGGAUAAUAAACAGCGGGGAGACGGAGCUCAGGUGAUAGAGCUGAUUGAACUGAUAGAUGAGAUGCUGGUUGAAGAGAGGCUGGCUGCUCUGCACAGAGGUGACCACAUGUGGAGAAGCGUUUCAUCAGGAGACGCAGGGACGCUGUGUGAAACAGAUUCAAAGAUGCUCAUGAGCUGCAGACAUCAGCUGUCCGAUGACUUGACUGAGUCAGCUGAUCCCACCACUCAGACAUCAGUGAACUGCUCAGGACGCUCAGAUAACGGUGGACAGGUAGUGGCACUACCAGCACAAAGAACAAGAGGACAGAGUGGACUCAACAUCCUGAACAGAGACAGCUUCAUGUCCUCUUCGCUCUCUGGUAAAAAAGCACUGAGGUGGACUAUAAAUCUGCCCAUCUGGUUCCCCACUGAUGAUCCUCACCGGAGACUGAACGGUGACAGCUGUCUGUUCUCAUCCAGACGUCCCAUAAUGCUUAUGGUUUCACCUCAAACACAACACAGGAUGCUUGCCGCAGAAAAUGGCAUCAGUGUGAAUUCCCUCUGUCACCCCGCACUGAGAGAUCGGACCCUCAGGAGGCUCUCUGAGUCUGGAGGUCUGCAGGCGCUGAUCGAGCGCUGGGACGACAGCAGCCUGGAGGAGCUGGAGGCCUUCAUUGACUCGUACUUUGAGAUGGUUUGGACGCAAACCAUGGGGUCAUUUCAAGAACCUGACUGCUCCGCCGUGGAACAGGAUGCUGUUGUCGAGGAGGGGGACGGACAGGAGGAAGUGCUCAGAUCCAUCGACAGGAAGCUUUCAAAGCUGGAGCUCCUUGAGGACAUCAGGGGGGAUCUGGCCGAGCUGAGAGCGAGUCUGGAGAACAGCUGGAAGGUCAUACAGGAACUCAGAGAAGAAAGUAAACAGGAUGAUAAUAACACAUGUUGA